GGUGCAAUAUCCGAUCGACUGGUUAAUAUUGGGAGCAUGGUAUAGUGAAUAAUUCAUGGUAAAUUAUCGAGCCAUUGUGGACGAGUCCAUUAAUUAUUAAUAGUAUUUUGGAAUAUAUGGGUAGAUAAUUUGUGAAAGAUGAGAGGGGAAAUGUUUUUGUGGGGUAUUGUCCUGGUUGUUGUCGCUGUGUCGUCUGCUACAGAAGCGAAACCAUCUCAACACAAAGAACAGAAACACAAGCACUGGUGGGAUAAAGAUUGGACCGAAUGGUUUCCUGAAGAGAAAGAAACAAGUGACAGCUCUCAUACCAACAAUGUGCCUGAUUAUAACAGUAACAGCAAAAACAGCAAACAUGGUACCAAAAAGGAUUCUGACUUUUCAUUUGAUAAAUCUCUGUCUUUAAAAGAUGAUGUUGAAUCCUUUUUGGAUGAUGAUAAAAAAUCUUUUUUAAAGAAAGAAGAAAAAAGUGAAAAAGAUUGGCAUGCCGAAUUCCAGCAGCCAAUUGCCUUUGAGAACAAGGAAGAUGACAAGGUUACGGAAAAUGAAAUUGAAAGUAAAAAGAAAGUUGAGGAUGACCCAGGAACAAAGAAUGUGAAAGAAUAUCAAGGAUUGAACAGUUAUGACUCAAUCGUUCCAGAAAAAGAUCAAAGCAAAGAUGAGAAGAAAAAAGCAGAAUCAAAGGAAAUUUCAUACAGUGGUUAUCCAGUCUACCAUACUAAACAUGAAUCUGUUAAAAAGGAUCUGGAAAACCCAGUCUAUUUGAAGGAUUUUACGAAUACGAAACCUGACUUGAAGACCAGUCCAAAUCCUCCUCCUCCUGGUUACGGAGAAGGCAAGAUACCCAUGGUAACUCCAGCAGGGAAGAAGCCGGCCACCAAGAAAGAUUAUAAGAAAGUGAAAACCUACAUUGAGUCCAAACCUGCAGCAUUCUGUAAGCAUGAUAUGGACUGUAGAAUGGGUAGAAUGUGUCAUCAAGGUGUUUGUAUGUGCUUACCUAAUGAUGGAUGUUUAAAACACAAUCAUCCAGUCUGUGGAUCAGAUGGUAGUUGGUAUCCUAGUCAUUGUGAAUUACAUCGUACAGCCUGUGUUCAUCGUAUUCACAUUAAAGUUGAUAGAAGUAAUCUAUGUCUCAAAUCAGAUGACGAUACACCUGCCAUCACUAUGAAACCAAAAUUCAAGAAACCCUCUUCAGUUGAUGCUCCAGUUGACCCCAAAUUACCAGCUGGUGCAAUCAUUGAUUCCAAAGAAAUCUUUGUUGGAUCCUACAAGAAAAACCAUGUUAAUUCUGCUGAUGAUAAGGAAUCCUGGAAGAAUGGUGUCAAUGGCAAGGACAAGGGAUCUGUUGAUGGUACAGACAAGGGAUGCAAUCUGAAAAACUACAAUGACUUUAAGGAGAAGCUAUUGACUCAUCACUGUGCUCGUUUUGCUGAACCAGAUUGUAAAUCAGAAGUCAGCAAGCAGAAAGAUCGUGAAUAUCUGGCUACAUUAAUAUUUAGUUAUUAUGACCGGGAUAUUGAUUAUUAUUUGGAGAAAUCAGAGUUAUACGAGAUUGAGAAGAAAGAGGAUUUUGGACAACUUGAUAACUUUUGUAGUUUACCCGAUAUGUUGUUAUAUGAUGAUGUUGAACCUAAUGAUAAUAAAAUAUCAGUCAAUGAAUUCCUUAAGGCUUUUGAUAAAUCGGGAAAAGGUGGGCAGAAAGUUGAUAUACAGAUUAUACCAACCCUAGCUACAGCAGGAAAUGGACUAGAGUUGAAGUGUGCAAUCCCUGGAGCGGAGGACAUCGUGUGGAAACGAUACGAGUCAGAAAUUGGUGAUAAUACAGACCAAGGUUUAGCAGUAUUUGAUGAUGGUUCGCUAUUCUUCAGUACAAUUGGGGUCCAUCAUAUUGGAAAUUAUUCCUGCUUUGAUCGUAAAAAUAACAACUUUAAACAGGUUCAUGUCCUGAAAGUACAGAUGCCACCUAUUGUUCAAGUCUCACCAAUGAGUCAGAUGCGUCAGUCCAAGUCAGAUAUAACAGUAAAAUGUCAUGCCGAGGGUAUUCCACGACCUGUUAUUUCCUGGAAUAUCAAUGAAAUGCCUCUACCUCAUGAUCCAGAUCAUUUCAUACAAUCAGAUGAUAAUGAAACUUUAACAAUUCGUCAAGCAGACUACCAAAGAGAUACAGGAGCUUAUAAAUGUGUUGCUAAAAACCAAGCUGGUAUUGCUGAAGAUGUAGCUUCUAUAUUUAUUGAAGAUAUUUCUCAUUCUAAAAUACACACAUCUUCACAGAAAUCAUUUGGAACAUUCUUGGUGUUCCACUCAAGAGGAUAUACAGCUUACCAACCACAAUCUUGCUUGAUGAGACGAGAAGUUCGAGGAAAUUUCGGAAAUUUUAAAUUUAUUCCUGACAACCUGGACUCACCCUUGACCCUGUGUCCUAACAGUAAAUGUGAUUGGGGAAUGUCUGUCAAUGUUAAAAAUCAGUUUGUGUUUAUCAGUCAGCCAACACAAAAUCGUGUUGUUGUCAUAGAAACUUCACGAAAAUGGAACCCAAUUCAGGUGAUUGACACUGAUCGUCAACCAAUCGGAUUAUACUAUAUACCCCAUCUAGAUCAAGUAUGGGUAUUAUGUUGGAAUGGAAGAGAUGAUGGUAGUAUGAAGACUAUUGUAGUAAUACGUGAUGCCAGUCAGGAAAUACAACACCAUUCAGUACAUACUCAACCUGUAGGAAACAGAUUUGAUCUGGUUGAACAAAUAUUCAUGCCACCACAGAAUGAUUUAAACCACCAUUUUAACUUUGGUUAUAUCGUACAUGCCCAACAACGUGGUUUAUUUAAACUUGAUCUUGUAGAGAUGAAAUAUGUCAAAGUCAUUGAUUUCUCACACUUUGACUGUAUCCCAAAAUCAGUUGCCUUUGUUCCUGUUGGUGGUCAUGUUGUAGUAGAAUGUGUUGUACCAUCCACUCGUAAAACAUUGCAGAUUGUUGUAGAUUAUAUCACUGAUGCUAUCGUGUCACACCUGGCAGUUCCUGGACGACCAGUUGUCAGCCCUGACUCACGACAUGUUGUCACUGUGGAUUUCCUGUCUGGAAAAAUAUCAGUCUCAAAUGUGACACCUGAAGGUAUGUUGGAGAUGGGUUUUGAAGUAAUUGUUAGUACAACUAUUAGUGAUGUGGAAUUCUUCCCGUCAUCUGAGAGAAAAGGUUACGAUUUUGUCAUGUCAUCCGCCGAUACAGAGAACAUAAUUAUCCUUAGCUUGAACAAUGGAAAGGUUGAAAAAAUAAAAGGAACCCAUAAAGUAGGUGGUGACAGUAUGAUGACACCAAGUCACAUGACAAGAACCGUCGUAUCAGGUGGAGUAUUUGGUGAUUAUUUGUUGACACCAUUUGAUUCAACGAUUUCAAUUAUUGAUGGAAAACACCACCAUGUGAAAUGUGAAUUCAAGGGAACACUACAGAGUAAUGGAAUAGUAUUUGUAGAAAAUUGAAGAGUGAUUUUUUUUGUAAGACUUAUUUUUUGGUUUCGUAAUAUAGCUUCGUUUAGAAGAUAACGAAAUAAAAUUAGAAACUAUUUGUUUCAAUAAAAAUAAAUUUGAAUUUGUUUUAGAUGAUAGAAAAAAAAGGUAAUGACUUCAACAGAAUUUUUUUUUUUUUAAGAAAUUCAAUUGUUUUGAAAAAUAUUGAACAAAUUAAAGUUCCAUUUGUUUGUGUUGAUAGUAGUAGAUAAAGAUACGUUUUGUAAGUGCAAAAAAUAUUUUUGCAAUUAAUAUAACAUUUGAAUCGUAUGUAAAUCAUAUGAGCGAAGCGAUUUAUGAAAUGUGAAAUUAAUUUUAAAAUGGAACUCUAGUCUUUUUAGCUAGUCUAAUAUGUGUGAACUAAUUGUAAUAACACUUAUGUUUGAAAAUCAUUUAAUGAUACUACUAAUGAUUUGUUUUUAGAAAUGGAGUACUUUGUCAAGAUUUCAUAUUCAAUGUCUCUUGUGUGAAAUGUUCUUUUGAAAACAACACUCAUGAAAUUGAAACUACUUUUUAGAUAUGUGUGUUGUGUUCAGCACAAUAAAGAAAAGAUAAAUUGAAUUUUUAUUUCAAAAUAUUUCUGAAAAUGAGAAAGUGCUAUGAGGUGUUCCCAAAAGAGUGCAUUUCUGAGACAUUGCUGUGAAAUUUAUAUGACAAAUUCAUAAUGGUUCCAACAAGGAUAAUAUCUGGAUUGAUGUUCAAAAACUCUAUUUGAUUUGAAGUAAAUAUAUUUUGUGCCAUAAUUUUAUUGAAGACACUACUUCACUAUUCUAAAAUAAAAUAUUUAAGACCUAACAGAAAAAUCUCGGUAAUUAUGUGAAGCAGUAGAUUAUGUAGGUGCUUUAAAAAGGAUAAUUUAGAUGCUUUUUAAUUGGCCUCCAUCUAAAGUCCCAAAAGAUUUGCAGCUUAUGGUUACGCAAAAUUUAGAUGUAAGAAGCUUUGUGAUUGGCUAGCUUCAAUUUUUAAGAAAUUUUAUAUACCUGCCUAUAACUGUAUUGAUGUGAAUUUUUCAUGUUAAAAAAUCUAAACCAAUUUUAAGUGUUUUUUUUCUUUGAAUGUCUAAUAUCUUAUGACAAAGUACAUCAAAUGUACCAAUAUGAUAUGACUUAACAUGUUAUACUCCAUAUUGUUUGUAAUUGGCAUAUUUUGGUGUAAUUACAUUAUUAUUAUUCUUAAAGCUUUAACAGACCCAAGCUUAAGCUGUGUUCACAUGAAUCAAAAGGCCAGUACGCACUAAUAUAUUUGUUCAGCAGAUUUUCUUAGCCAAGUGUUUUAGAUUAGAACAUAGACUUGUGGAUUCUGAUUUAGAGGUACAUGUAAUUUUACUAGUAUUUAUCAAUUGGCUGAGGUAUUUGUUCAGCAGAAAGUUGUUAGUGUGUGCAUGGCACAUUGAGAUCACAAAGGAGCAAUUUAAGAUACUAAAUAAUUCCCAGUCAGUGAUUUGGGAAUUUAUGAAAUAAAUUCACUGUCUUCAGAUUGUCUUAAUAAAAUGGGAAACAUUAAUGUAGCUACCUUUGAGGGAGGGUUAAAAUGAAAUUUGGAUUCAAUUGUGAACACGGACUUAUUUUGUAUGAAGAUGUUGCAACAUUGUACAUGUAUAACUAAUUAUUGUUUUGUUUAUACUUGUUAUAUUAUUAUAGACUUAUCUAUAGUUAUAUUAAUAAAGGCAGUGGUAAAUAAUACAUUACAAAACAUUGGUUGAUAAUUAUUGGUAUUAUUGUUGUAGGAGUAAUAAUUACUACAUAGAUGAUUAAUGGUAUUAUUGUUGCAGGAGUAAUAAUUACUACAUAGAUGAUUAAUGGUAUUAUUGUUGCAGGAGUAAUAAUUACUGCAUCGAUAAUUAUUGUUAUUAUUGUUGCAGGAAUAAUAAUUACUGUGCCGAUAACUAUUGGUAUUAUUGCUGCAGGAAUAAUAAUUAAUGCAUCAUGAUUAUUGGUAUUAUUGUUGCAGGAAUAGUAAUCAGUGUGUUUGAGAAUGUAUUAAAAUUAUCAUAAGCAAUUACCUAUAACAAUUCUUAUGGAUAACAGGAUAAUGAGUGAAAUAAAUAUAGAAAUUUUUCAUCUUAUCAGAAUUGUUAUAUUCAGCUUCUAACUGCCUGUAAAAGACAUUAAUUUACUUACAAACAAUGUAACAAUGUUGCUGUUAUUAUAUGUUGUGUAUUUAUUAAUGGGAAAUAUAUAUUAUAAUUAUUUCCUUUGGGAAAUAUAUAUUAUAAUCAUUUCCUUAUGCAGUGAUAUUUUUUUUCAAACUUUCUCCUCACAUAUAUAUGAUGUAUAUGAUCACUGUGUGUUAUUUUUAUUGUAAAUAUUUGUUUGUGUAUCCGUCUGUUAAUUAAAUCAUAUACAGCACCACCACCAUCAUUUGUGUCAUAAUAAUAUUUUAGGAAUAAUUAAAAUAAUCCAAAAUAUCCAGUGAGAUUUAAAAAUAACCAUCAUAGUUCAAAAUAUUAAAAAAUAUUGUAGGAAUAAUAAUCAUUAUUUAAUUCGAUUUAAGGAAUAAUAAUUAAAAUUUAAAUAAUAUCUAAAGACAUUUAAGGAAUAGUGGUCAUAAUCUAAGACAUAACUCCCACGGUAGAUCCUAGAUCUUAAUCUAAAAUAUCCAAUGAGGAAUAAUAAUAAUCAAAGAUGUCCAGGAUGGAAUGCAUUUAAACAUGCCCUUGACAAAAAUAAUUUUAAAAAAUUCUUUAAAUAAUUAGGAAUUUGUUGCUCAUUAAAUCAAAAAAAUCCUAAAUAAUUUUUUACAAAUAUGUAUGCUAAUAUUUAUUUGUUUGCAAACAGGCUAAUCACAAAUCUAUUAAUGAAUUCCCAUGAAACAUUAGUUAUCAAGGGAUGUCAUUCUGAAUGACAUAAUAUGGUUUGGAUUAUCUCCCAUUGUGUUCUAGCAUUUUAUAAGAUUUCUUACAAAUCAAAAUAAAUCUCUCUAUUGUCAUCAAAACAUUAAAUUAAAAAUUCCAUUAUCUAAAGAAUUGUCAGUGGAAUUUAAGAUAGAUGAAGUAAUAAUAUUUCUAAACAUUAAAAUUUUGCUUGUAGUUGCUUUGUGAUGAAUAUACAAUUUAUACGCUAUGAUGUUCCUGCAAGUUUUACGUGCCUUUCAAAUGUUGUUAAGAUUUUUGUUAAGAUUCUUUCUUUUUUAAAUUCGAUUUACAUUUUAAAAAUUUUAAAAUGAAGCAGUGAUAUAUUGAUGAAAGUCUAAACUUAACCCUAAAAGCCCAAAGAAAAACGAUUAUAGUGCAUUUGUACUAUGUAUUAAAUUCAAGUUCAUUUACUUAUAUUCAACAUCUGUCUAUCAAGUAAGUAAAAGAAAUAUUUAAAGUUUAGGAUAAAGUAAGAAUUUAUAUGAGUCAUUCAUCAUUAAAAAUUUAUUGUUAUAUUUUAUUUACAUGGGUCAUUUGUUUUGUUUUUAUUAUAAUUGUUUAAUGUUAUCUUUUUUAUUUUAUAUUUUUGUGAACUUAGUGCAUAAUUUUGAUAGCUUUAUACUAUGAUGAUCAUAUGACAGAAAGUGAGCCUAAUCUUGUUCUGGGCUGGGCAUCUAUAUUGAGUCUGCGAUAAUGGUUGUGUGUGUAAAAUACAAGUAGGAAUACAAUGAUGAAUUGAAUGAUAACCAUAAGAAAAUAAGACAUUGUUAAAUAGAAUAAUAACUAUAAGACCAUAUUAAAUUGAAUAAUAAUCAUAAGACAAUGUUUAAUUGAAUAAUAACCAAAAGACAAUGUUAAAUUGAAUAAUAACAAAAAAUAUAUUAAUGGUUGGAUGAGAGGACAUAUGGGUUAUAAUUUAUAAGGUGAUGAAAGAUCUGAAUAAUAUUAUUGAAAAGGCCAGUGUUCUGAUGGAGAGUAUAGUAUAUUAUUAGGUUGAUGUAUAUAUUAUAUAUAAUUUCCAGCCAUAUCUGAUAACAUUAUAUUUAAUUUUCAACAGAAUCUGAUAACCAAUUUAACUUUCACCAUCAACCUAUUUUACAUAAUGGCACAUGCCUACUAAUUUUAAUGCUACAGUUCCCGGUACAUGAAUAUUGAUAUUAGAAAGGGUUAUAAACCGCAUUGGUCUCAUUUCAUUCAAUCAUUCUUCUGGUCUUGACUGACUGCCAGUGAAAUUGAUAGCCUUAGAAUUGAUUUGUUGGUGAAUUUAAACUCAAAAGAAUUUAACAAUAAAACAGAAUACAGCAAAUUCAGUUAAAAUUGGUUAUGAAAUUGAGAUAAUGCUAAAAAAUUAUUAUAACCCGCAAUAGAAAAUAUGGAUAAUCUUGGAUUAAUCAAAUGUGCAGAAUGGCUGACAGAAUGCUGAAAUGAAAAACCUAAUAUUCCACACACACAUAUGAUAAGUAAGUUUCAUCACAUUCCAAAGAAGAUUGUUUUUCAUUUCUUCAAUAAUCUCACUUAUGUAAUUACUGUCCGUGCUAUUGUUUUUUUUUUCAUGUGUUAUUUUGUCUACUUUGUUUUAAUGUAAAGAGAAUUAUAUGCAAUGUAAGUGAAGCUAUAUAUACAUAUAUGUAUAACUUGUCAAUGUGGCACCACCCUGUCUCUUUUUUUGUCAAACAUUCUCGAUAUUUGUCAAUAAAAAAAUUUGUUUCCAAA